GUACCACUCUUCUUCUUUGGUUUUCCACUAGGUUUUGGUUUUCUUGUGGAUAUUUUUAAGAAAUAUUAAAUUAAAACCAUGUCGCUGUUGCAAAAACUGAUCAGGUCCGGUGUACCUAUGGCUUCAUUAACCUGUCGUUCCCGAAUGCCAGUGGCCAUUCGGCUUAUCAGCGGGGACACAGAAAAACCGGCAGAGGGAGCUACUCCCGCAGUGAAUACGGAAACGGCGGAGACUAGCAGCAGCAAGGGAGGAUUCGCCCGUGCCUUCGACAAGUACACGGCACCAGCCACGCCACCACAGCUGCCGGAAGACAACCAGACCUUCGCCUCCCUGCUGCGCAACUCCAAGUUGAUAGAUCUGGGCAACGCCGAGGGCAAGGUGGUCAGUGGCAAGAUCUUUCAUGUGGUGGGCGAUGAUCUCUACAUAGACUUUGGCUGGAAGUUCCACUGCGUCUGCAGUCGUCCAACUCGCAAUGCCAGCGACUAUGUGCGAGGAGCCCGUGUUCGACUGCGCAUCAAGGAUUUGGAGUUGUCCACCAAGUUCCUGGGUUCGUCCAAGGAUAUUACCAUUCUGGAGGCAGAUUGCCAUUUGCUGGGACUUUUGUCCACACCCACCCGCCAGUCGACGGCCAAAACGCCGAAAAUCGAAGAUAUCCUAUAAAUCCUUUAUUAAAAACAAGGUUUGUUAAACGUUA